GUCUUAAAUGGGUACUGAAGUCCUUGCUGACAACAUCUAACCUUUCAAGUGGAAAGUCUACGCCUUCACACGUGCAUAUGUUUGCUUCUCUUCUCAUUCAAGCCCUUGCCUAUUCUAACUUCUCUGAAUCAAGUUGAAAAAUUCUACUUUUUGUGGCUUCUCUGCUUGUUUACACUGCAAAGCAAGGAGAGACUUCUUUAAUUAGCUCUAUAUUCAUGGGUUGGUUCUGCUUUAGUGCAAAGAUCAAAGCUGAGAGCCCUCCUCGCAAUGGUUUGAAUUCAAAGGAUGGUAAAACAGAAGAAUAUGGUUUGAGUAAUGGUUUAAGCAGCAGGGUCUCCUCUUCAUCUGUGCUUCUAAGUUGUCGGACAGAAGGAGAGAUAUUGCAAUCCAGCAACUUGAAGUGCUUCACAUUCAAUGAGGUACGAACCGCGACUAGGAACUUUCGACCAGAUAGUUUGGUGGGUGAAGGUGGGUUCGGUUGUGUAUUUAAAGGGUGGAUUGAUGAGCACACACUUGCCCCUACUAAACCAGGAACUGGAUUUGUCAUUGCUGUGAAGAGGCUUAACCAAGAUGGAAGCCAGGGACACAGCGAAUGGCUGACAGAAAUAAACUACCUAGGGCAGUUGCGACAUCCUAAUCUUGUGAAACUGAUUGGUUACAGCAUAGAGGAUGACCACAGGAUUUUGGUAUAUGAAUUUUUGGCCAAGGGAAGUUUGGAUAAUCAUUUAUUUAGAAGGGCUUCUUACUUUCAGCCACUCUCGUGGAACAUCCGGAUGAAGAUUGCUCUUGAUGCUGCUAAGGGUCUUGCAUUUCUUCACAGUGAUGAAGUAGAAGUAAUCUAUAGAGACUUCAAAACUUCUAACAUCUUGAUUGAUUCGAACUAUAAUGCAAAACUCUCUGAUUUUGGGUUGGCAAAAGAUGGACCAGCAGGUGAUAAGAGCCAUGUAUCUACAAGGGUAAUGGGCACCUUCGGCUACGCAGCUCCUGAGUACAUAGCCACAGGUCACCUAACCAAAAAGAGUGAUAUAUACAGUUUUGGGGUUGUUCUCCUGGAACUGAUGUCAGGCAAACGUUCAUUCGACAAAAACAGGCCAUCAGGGGAGCAUAAUCUAGUUGAAUGGGCCAAGCCAUACCUCAGCAACAAGCGCAAGAUCUCACAAGUCAUGGAUCCCCGAAUAGAAGGCCAAUACUCAUUGCGUGAAGUGUGGAAAGCAGCUCACCUUGCAUCUCAAUGCCUAUCUGUAGAUUCCAAAUUUAGGCCAAACAUUGAUGAGGUUGUGAGAUCAUUAGAGCACCUUCAUGAUUCCAAAAGCACAGGUUCUAAAGAACAUGGAACAAGUGUUAAUGAUUCUUCAAAUGGAGAAGGUACUCCUAUUCCAAGUACAUCAGCUUCUCCUCUUCAUUCAUAGAAGCAGGAUUUUAAAUUGUGGUUGCGGUUGCAGUUACGAUUGUGUUGCAGAUUACGGACAAAUGUGAGUCAAAAUGGUCACAAUUGCUGUGGCAACGCUCUUGUGGGGACUUCAUAAACCAUAUGUUGUGGCCGCUUUUGCGGCUACAGAUUCCAAUUUAGAACCCUGAAUAGAAGUGGAAAUAUAUAGGACACAUUAUACAUACUUAGUUACCUUGUGUUGAAGAAAUAUGGAGAUGGAACUUUGUAUAGCAUGAAGGGGAAGCAUGUCUGGUUGCUGUGCAUUUUUUGAUUCCUUAAUAUUAGUUACAGAAAUUUAUUUCUUCA